AUGUCCAGGAAGAUCAAAUUUGUUGUGGUCAGUUCUUCCAGUCAUGAGGACAACUUCAGUGCGCAGGAGCUCUUGGUCCAUGCGCCCACUGCCAGUGGUUGGAGGUCCAGCAGGUUGUGCAGCUACCCUCAGCACAUCACUUUACAAUUGGUGGAAAGAACCCGGGUGAAGAAGCUACAGCUCCUCGCUCACCAUUACCUGAUCCCGGCUAAGGUGGAGUUCUACAUAGGUGACAGUCCUUCCGAUCCCAGAACAUCAGAGUUCAUUGGCCAGCUUCACAGGCUUGGGUACGUGUCUCUGUCAGACAACGAGAAGACCGGCUUCAGAACGAGGGAGCUGAAGUCUGUGCACGUAGAUGCCAUCGGAACAUACUUGAGGAUAGCGUUCCAUAAGAAUUAUGCUAACCGGCACAAUCGUUAUAAUCAGGUUGCUCUGGUGGCCAUUAAUGUGCUGGGCGACCCCCUGGGCAGCAGUGCUUUUUACACCUCACCAUGUCACGAACAGCCGAUCGAACACUCCCUCAACGGAACUCGACUGGAGGCCGCCUUGGAGGCAAGCCUGGCAGGAAAAUACGAGGCCGCAUCCCCCUUCGAUGACCUGGCCUUUGACAUGUACCAGGACCCUGAAUUGGCCCGUGUCAUCCGGCACUUGGAUCAAAACAAGCAGGAUUUGCUUCAACAGGAGAGAUUUGAGCAGGCCAAGUAUCUGAAGCAGGCUAUUGCAGAUCUUCAGAAGGCCGGCGAGCAUUUGGCGAGGUUGGAUGUAGAGACGCAAUGCGCGAUGGCAAAAGAGGAAUACGAUCUUGCCAAGAAAAAGAAGGAUGAAAUGGAUGAGUACCGGAGGAAUGUCUACAAGCAACUGGAGGUCCACAACCUAUUGGAUAUGUCAAUGUUUAGCAGUGCUCCCUACGAUGAGAGUCCGAUACCGGCCCUUCAGAGAAAUGAGCAGCCUGUGGCGGCCGUUCUGAGCCCUUUCCUACCUGACGUCCAAAGUGAUCAAAGCGAGGCAGGCCAAGAACCACCGCCGCUAUCGGAAAAGGCUAAGAAGGAGGCUGCCCUUCCAAUCGAGGUCUUUGGCGAGAGUCUGGUGGCCAGUGCAUAUUCUACAUCCUGGUCGCAUAGAGAGGAUGCACUCUUAGCAGUGCACAAGAAGCUUUCCGAGGUGCCAUCAACGAUACCCAAAGAAGAGCUGAGAGGCAUGAUAAGAGCUUCAGUCUUUUUGGUCAGGAGGGCCCUCGUGGAGAAAGUUCUUCCUGUUUUCCAAGCCUCCUUGAAGUUGCUGUUGUUCAUGUUGAGCCAGCUGAUCCCAGGUCUGGGCCGAGGGGAAGUGACCUACUGUUUAGAGAAAAUUUGGCCAAACUUACUUUCCAGUACGGGAAACUCCAUCAGCCGCUUCCGCAUCAGUGGCACAGCUUGCAUCCAGGAAAUUGCUGUGCUGAAGGAGGUUCGGGCCUUGCAGUUUAUCCCUGUUGAGCUGGUGAAGCCUUUCGAAUCCAAAUGCCCAGCUCGUCUGGCUCAGAGUAGAGCCGAGAUGCUCCAAAGUCUCCUGGUGGAACUCGGCACGGAGAGAUCUGGAUUCACCCUGGACAAUGUUAUGAUGUUCUGUAUGGCAGCGUUGGAGCAUGAAAAAUCUACUGUUCAAGAGCUGGCAGCGCAGAUCAUCUUGUCAGUGUACAAGAUUCACAGAUCGGCCGUUCUCAGUUACCUUCCGCCUCGUAACGGUGCCCGUAAGAACUUCCUUUACAAAACCAUAUUUGAUGGCUUUGCCAAGAUCGACGAACAACUAGUAGAGACUCCGGGUGUGCAGAUGGAGAAUGAGGAGAUCGACUCCCUUCAAGAGCAGCUGGCUUCCUUGAAAGACUUUACAGAGAAAGACCAAGAACAAAUAGCCAAGAAAGAAGUUGACAAGGGGUCUCAAAAGGCUGCUAAACAAAGUACGUCAGUUCUAAAAUUGCCUCAGAAAAAGCCAACAACCACAAUCGAAGUCCAGCAAUCCCUCACAUACCUGGAUAACUUGUGUAUAUUCUGCGGUAAAACAGAUGAUUCUUUCACCGACGAUGGAUUAGACCUUCACUACUGGAAGCAUUGUCCUAUGCUGCGACUCUGUGACGAAUGCAGACAGGUUGUGGAGAUCGCCAGCUUCACUGAGCACCUCCUAAACGAAUGUCAAAACAAGUCCAAAUUCAGUCAGUGUCAACGUUGCUCAGAAGCGGUACUCACGGAAGAAAUGAGUCGACAUGUCCAGAGUAAGACUUGCAAACCCUCCGUCCCAGGUAAACCCUCCAGCCACUGCCCUUUGUGCCACGCCAACUUUUCUCUAGGAGAACAGGCCUGGAAAGCUCACCUGACGGGCCGGGAGGGCUGCAAACAAAACUCACGCAGAACCGCCGUGUCCCAGAGAACCCAGCCGGCACAAGGAAGGGCUGUUACGAAGCCUACACAAACUUCAUCGGUGGGCACCCGAGGCAGAGGCGGCCGGACCCCGUCGCUGGCUCCUCCCGCUCGAGGACAUACACCGGCGAAGCGGUGA